AUGCCAUGGAUAUCAAAUUUCACUCCCAAGUGCCAUCCUGAUUACGAAGAUAUUAAACUGUUUGCUCGAAAACUCAAUGAUCUCUUGAAUAGUGUCAAUGAUCGUCUUCGUAAGAAUGAAGAACGUCUCUCUCUCUUGUCUCUCUAUCAUGAGAUAAGUGGCGCCCCGCCUGAAAUGCUAUCAUCAUCGCGAAGUUACAUCGCGAGACUCAACGUCUUCGAGCUUGGUUCUAGCGCCUCUGGUAGUGUUACCUGCGAGCCUGUUACACUCUUCCUUCUCUCUGAUAGCCUUGAAGUGGCGAAGCCUCGUAAACGUCAUACUGGUGAGCCUUUGGCACAUGCUAUUCGAGCAGCCUUGGCCGCUGUUCAGGGAAGUGAGUCUUCAGUUCCAUCACACGAUUUAGCUGCCUCAAAUUGUGAUUCUGGCACCUGCACUGACCUAUCAUCUGGGCCCGUUGCCUCUGGAGGAUCUUUUCAUCAAGGAGCCAGUUUGUCGGCAGUAUCUCGUGUCUCUCGAGCUGGUUCUGGGGCAUCAACCAAUACAAUUUCUUCUGGACUGUCAUCUGCCGCAGUCAGCUUAGGUGGAGGGAGUUCUGGUGUUGUAGACAGUGGUUGUUCAUCAAGUGGUGUCGGAUCUGCAAUGAGUCUUGGAGAGGGUGGGAAGCAGCGUGUUCAGCAUCACUACAAGCAUUUGCAUCUCCUUAAGCUUCAUGAGAUCAAGCGGGUUCGUCCGUUUUCUAGUUUAUUCUGCUAA